AUGGAUGGUGUGGGUGACCAGUUUGUCCCUGAGAAAGGUGAGAUAUUACCCUAUCGGGAAUUGAAUUUCGAUUCUUCUUCAAACGAGGAAGUCAAAAAGGAAUAUAAUAACCGUGACUUACGCUGUGUUCAACGAAGGUUUAGUUGUUCCAGCAAGGAUGCAUGUUAUGACACCCCUUGCGGAUUCACGCUAUUUGACCUGUCC